CUCCACCUGUGUUUGAACAUGGUGCAGGGUUAGGGUGUGGUGGCUGCUACAAGCUGAAGGACGAUCAGCAAGCUGGAGAUGAAGGACCUCAGCAGAGCAGUGCAGACUUAUCUGCCAAUAGUGUGAACACAUGAAGCUCUACAACAAAAUACAGCAUUUUGAGCCAACUGAUUCAGAAAUCUUACAACCAGUUGUUUGGGAACACAAGUUAACCUAUGGAUGAAACAUACCCACAAACCUUUUUAAAAUGCCUGUAAUCCAACUGUCAAGAUCUUCAAAUCUGCAAACACCAAAGGCCCCAAAAUUGCAGGCUCUAAUAAAAGGUGGAUCCUUAAAUCUGAAAGUCACCAAUCAACCCAUCAUCACCACAGCGUCCACCCACACUAAUGGCUCCGCUAAUACAGCUUCUGGCUUCCUUGAAGACCUGUUGACACACUCUCACUUACCCCGAUGGGCAAUCUACACCAUCUUUGGAAGUUGUAGCCUAGUUGUUCUACUUUGUUGCCUGUGUAUCUGGAUUAAAUGUUGCUGCAAAAGGAAGAAGAGACGGCAAAAGGAUCAACAGAUUCUUUUGAAGGGAUUAAAUGGAAAAACAGCCACUGCACGGGUUCAGCCAGACAUCAGGGGUAUCGGCUAUGGUACAACAGAACAAUAUAGGGGAAAGUUGCUCUACUCUUUGGAGUACAAUGCAUCUUUGUCGGAGCUUACAGUGGGGAUCAAACAAGCUGGCAUUUUAAAGGCAAUGGAUUUGGGAAAGAGCUCUGAUCCAUAUGUAAAAGUCUACAUCCUCCCUGAAAAGUCCAAGGUUUUUGAGACUAAAGUUUUCAAAAACACACUCAACCCUUUCUUCAAUGAGCAGUUCACUUUCAAGCUAUCCAAGUCCUCCCUUCAGAAGUCCACAGUAGUAAUGAAGGUGUUUGACUUUAAUCGCUUCACCAAACAUGGGCUUAUCGGUGAGCUCAGAGUGCAGCUUUGCAGCAUCGACUGGAACCAUGUUAUUGAAGAGUGGCAAGACUUGGCAAAGCCAGCAAAGUUUGAGGAAGAAAGUUUAGGAGAGAUCUGCUUCUCCCUCUGCUAUGUUCCAACAACCAGCAAGCUCAGCGUCGUAAUCCUGGAGGCCAAAGAGCUGAAGAGCAUGGACAUAGGAGGAAGCUCAGAUCCAUAUGUGAAAGUACAGCUGGCUUUGGACAAGAGGAAGUGGCAGAAAAGAAUGACAUCCGUUAAAAAGAAAACACUGAACCCCUAUUUCAACGAGUCUUUUACAUUUGAUGUGUCAUUGGAUCAAAUAGAGAGGGCGAACCUGGUGAUCUCUGUGUGGGACCAUGAUGCCAUUAGCAGGAAUGAUCCCAUGGGAAAGGUUUUCCUCGGCUGCGAUUCCACAGGAAAUCAACUGAGGCACUGGGCUGACAUGCUGUCCAACCCCCGUCGUCCGGUUGCUCAGUGGCACAGCCUGCUGUCAGCUGAGCAGGUUAACUCCACCCUUUCGCUGAAAAACAAAUUCCCAAUCCCCAGCAAAUUUAUAGAAAAUAAACUAAAAAAAGGUCAUUAGAAGAUCAUUUUAUGAUAUAGUUGUGAAGUUAUUCAUUUUCAACUAUAAUAACUUAUGAAUUGUAUUUAGAGAACAAGCUUUCACGGCUAAACGGUGGUGCAGAUUGUAGCGCUGUUUCCCUGUGCAAGAAAGUUCUGGGUUUGAUUCCUGGGUUUGAUUUCUGCAUGGAGUUUGCAUGUUCUCUCUGUGCAUGUGUGAGUUCUCUCUUGGUACUCCGGCUUCCUUCCCCAGUCCAAAAUUGAUUGGCUCCUCUAAAUUGUCCCUAGAUGUGUGACUGGCUACCUGUCCAGGGUGUAUCCCCUGAUGAGGACUAAGCGGGAGAAGAUGGAUUGAUGUUUAGUUAAAUUAACUAUGGGCAAAAAAUGUUUGCAUCACCAGAUUUUGUACUUGUGAAAAUACCCUGGAUUAUAUCUACAAUUAAUUUAACAUACUCCAUAUCAUUUUAACCAGUUUUACACUAUAAAGUUACAAGGACCAAGAUACAACAGCCUGUAUUUUGUUGUGAUUUUAUGUGACAGACCAACAAAAGGGGUUAUGAAGUACAAACAUAAUGCAUGGAUAAGAUUUGUUUGUUUGUAGAUUUUUAACAAUUUAUCCAAAAGGUGCUUAAUGCAUGUGUACAGUGUUCUUUGUAGAACGACUUCUUAAUUUUUUUGGAGUAUAUCUCUACUAGCUUUGCUCAUCUAAAAACAAAAAUCUGGGCUUAUUCUUCUUUGCAAAAUAACUCAAAGUUAUUUUAGUAAGUUAGUAGGGUUGGGAAUGCCUAUGAAUCAUUGCCGGAUUGUAACAGGAUAUUUCUGUAAUUAUUUUCUAACCUCUUGUUUAAACAAUUUUUGUUGCUAGAGCUGCAGUGUAAAGGGACAUUAUUAUCCUGGAGGGUUAACCUUUCACUAAACUUUUAAAUGGUUUGCAGCUCUUAACAGGUUUACACAAGGAUAGCACUGUAUAUAGCCCCAUGCAUAUCUCAUGUA